AUGAGAUUUGGGAAGAAGGGCAAGUUGAGCCCUAAGUUCAUUGGCCCGUAUGAGAUUCUGGAGAGAAUAGGAGAGGUGGCUUAUAGAUUGGCAUUGCCGCCAGGCGUUGAUCGUGCGCAUAACGUGUUCCAUGUUUCUCAGUUGCGGCGAUACAUUAGUGACCCUUCACAUGUGCUACAGCCAGAGUCUCUCCAGUUAGAUGAUAACAUGACUUAUGAGGAGUUUCCAGUUCAGAUUCUAGAUCACAAAGUUCGUAAGACUCGCAAAGGUGAGACAAAGAUCGUGAAGGUGCUGUGGUCAAACCACAACUCGGAGGAGUCUACUUGGGAAGCUGAGGAUCGAUGCGUCUUAAGUAUCCCAUCUCUUCACCCAGGUAAAUUUUUAGUUACGAGGACGUAA